GGUGCUGUCCGUGGAAGGGGAGCGGAGCUUAGCGGGCGUGGGGAGCGAAGGAGGCAGGGUCGGAGUCGCUUGGCGGUGCACCGGUGGUAGCCAUGAGCCCGUUUGCGGGAAGGCGUCUUUUGUUGGGAACAGUAAGCUGCACGCUCUUUCUGGCUGUCAACAGCUUGUAUUCCUCCAGUGACGAUGUUAUAGAGCUGACGCCAACAAACUUCAACAGAGAAGUCAUUCAGAGUGACAGUUUGUGGCUAGUAGAGUUCUAUGCACCAUGGUGUGGUCACUGCCAAAGGCUGACGCCUGAGUGGAAAAAAGCUGCAACAGCAUUAAAAGGUGUUGUGAAAGUAGGGGCUGUUGACGCAGACAAGCACCAGUCCUUAGGGGGUCAGUAUGGUGUGAAAGGAUUUCCCACAAUCAAGAUAUUUGGUGCCAACAAGAACAAAGCAGAAGAUUAUCAAGGGGGCAGGACAAGUGAAGCUAUUGUUGAUGGUGCUCUAAGUGCCCUUCGGUCACUGGUGAAAGAUCGCCUUAGCGGCAGAGGAGGUGGAUAUAGUUCUGGCAAACAGAGCAGCCAAGAUAGUGGAGGCUCAGGCAAAAAAGAUGUGAUUGAGCUGACAGAUGACACCUUUGAUCAGAACGUUUUGAACAGCGAUGAGGUCUGGCUGGUAGAGUUUUAUGCUCCUUGGUGUGGACACUGCAAAAAUCUAGAGCCAGAAUGGGCAUCAGCUGCAACAGAAGUGAAAGAGCAAACCAAAGGAAAAGUGAAGCUGGCUGCAGUUGAUGCUACAGUGAACCAGGUGUUAGCAAGCCGAUAUGGGAUCCGUGGAUUUCCCACCAUCAAGAUCUUCCAGAAAGGAGAAGACCCUGUUGAUUAUGAUGGUGGACGGACCAGAUCAGAUAUUAUUGCUCGGGCUGUGGACCUGUUUUCAGAGAAUGCACCACCACCUGAACUCCUAGAGAUUACUAAUGAGGAUGUCUUGAAGCAGACAUGUGAUGCUCACCAGCUCUGUAUAAUUUCAGUUUUGCCUCAUAUCCUAGAUACAGGAGCUGCAGGUAGAAACUCCUACUUGGAAGUGAUGUUAAAGAUGGCAGACAAAUACAAAAAGAAAAUGUGGGGGUGGUUGUGGACUGAAGCAGGAGCACAGCCUGAUCUUGAAAAUUCCUUGGGAAUUGGAGGAUUUGGCUAUCCAGCCAUGGCAGCAGUUAAUGCUCGGAAAAUGAAAUUUGCACUCCUGAAAGGCUCAUUCAGUGAGCAAGGGAUUAAUGAAUUCCUAAGGGAGCUGUCUGUUGGCCGUGGGUCCACAGCACCAAUAGUUGCGGGGGGUUUCGCAAAGAUUAACACGAUAGAACCAUGGGAUGGGAAAGACGGUGAGCUACCUGCUGAAGAGGAUAUUGAUCUCAGUGACGUAGAUCUCGAUGACUGGGACAAGGAUGAAUUGUGAGAGGCUGAAGACAUUUAGUUUCUUGAGAGACUUUGGGUCGUGGUUUGGCACAUCCUCACUGCAUCACGUGGAUAUAUCCAGCAGCCUUUUUGCUGAAGGAGGAGCCCUGAGUCAGUUGUCGGAAACACUGUUAAAGUGAACUGGGUUCCUCUCAAGAAAACCAUCCAAAAAUUCUAUGAAUUUUUUUUGUAUCUGGUAAAAAUUGAUUGUAUCUUGCGCAACAGGUAUCGUGAAGGCAACCCUGAUCUUUCAUUGAAAUUCUCUCAUUUUGGCCUUUGUCCAGCUGGUAUGUACUGUUUGACCGUGACUUGAGAUUUUUAUUGUAACUAGUUUUAAAAUGUGACCUCCCCCCCCCUCCAAACUGCAGUUGCUCCAGCCUUGAUUUCAAUGAAAGAAUAAAAAAAUAUUUUUGACACACUUAUGUCAGUGUUGUACAGAGCUACAUGUUUGGGCUUUAAAGCGAUGAUGCCUGCAACACAGCAAGCAAAAACAUUGCAGAGCACUAUUUUAUAGGACUUAAAGAGACAAGAUGAAGGUUGCAUGUCAGUUCCAUUCAUUAGGGUUCCCGCUCAGUUUACCUGGGGGCGACUGAACAACAACAACAAAUGUUCAGGAAAAGGAAGGGAUUUAAUCCUUUAACUUCCACUUGGCUUACUAUUUGAACUCAGCCUUUACUUUGUCUUCAAAAAUACUAGUGGGGGGGGGCUAGUAGAUUUUGAAGGAUUAAACCUCCUCUACCUUUCCUUCCUUUCUGUUUCCUGCACAGCUGUGAGCCUAAACAAACCUAGGUAGAUAGCUCUUCAUCCCAUGAUCUUUGUCUCUUCUGUUUGAGCCGCAAGAAUGGAAUCUUAUUAG